AGUUCUCUUGCGAGUUCUGUGUCACCUCAGGCCUGGUGGGGCAUGCGUAUAAACCAGCUAUUGUGUAUUGCAAACUCCAGGUGAAAAUGCUCCCCGUUUAGUACAUAUAGGCUUCUUCGUGCGAACACUGGUCAGACGCGAGAGUAGACCCGAAGCACAACACACAAGCAUUAGGAGCUUGGGUUAAUAUUCUGAAACAAUUCUAAAACUCAAAACAGCAGAAAUCUUAAAGAUUUCAUCUCAAAGAACGACUUCAAACGAUUAGAAAAGUUCAUCACAAUGCAUCAUAUACGGAGCAUUUUUCUUGUCGCCGUGUUGGUCAGUGUCGUCUCCGGCCAACGGUCGUUGUAUCAGGGAGGCAAUGAUGAAACGCGCAAGGUGCCCCUCCAGCAGCCGCAACAGCACAGACCGGCGCCGAAGCCUCACACCUUCCCAGACCCCCCAACACAGAAGCCACAGAGACCUCAGCAGAAUUUUCUAGAAGACAAUUAUGGAGCUGAGGCUGGGUGUAAGGACCCGUGGACCACAGAGUGGACAAGAGAUCCUAAUGAUUGCACACAGGUGAGUGUCAACUUUAACAACCGUUGAGGCCUGGGCAUUCUGCUCAAAGUCCUCAUAGUUAUUUAUAGAAAUAGUUGAUAAUGCUAAGGUGCAAUUCUUGGUUGGAUUGAAUGAAUAUUUUGCAAUAUAAUUGGAUUUCUUUUAAAGCGGCUAUUAUUCAUACCAAGAAAAUACAUUAGGUUUUUUAUCAUUGUAAUUAGUGUUUGGAUUAUUAAAAUUUGAGAUGCAUGAUUCCUUUAUAAUUUUGUUGUUGUUGUACAAUCAGGGUUUCGACUCCAGCACCUUCACUUCUAUAUUAAUAAGUCAAAAAUAAAUAUUUUUAUUUAUUUAUUUAUUUAGGCAUUUUUAUAUAACGCUUACCUUCAUUAAAAACAAGUAAAAUAAAAAUGAAAAAAACCAGAGACACUAGGAUAGUAACUACUAUACUAUAGAAACUAUUGAAAUGGCUAUAAAACGAGCACACUUUGGCACUAAUAUUAAGCCCACUACUUGAAAAUUAUGAUCAUGUGAUAUUAUUCUAACUAAUAUUAGUUAAGAAAAUAAAUAACACAUCUUAACAACAAACAAUAUAGAUACUAAAUAGUAUAAUUUCUAUAUAAUUCAAUUUUAGAUAGUUUUGUGUGCCAGUAAAUCAAUCCACCACCUCAAGACACAUAGAUUAUUAUAUUAACGAUACCAAAUAUUGACUUGAGGAAUUUGAAAGUCCAAUGGUAUAAAAGAAACGAUUUAUUUACUCCUCCGCCUUAAUUUAGGUCCAUUUCUGUAUACAAGGCAAGAAGCAGUGGACCAUCAACUGUAACGACACGAGAAUCUGGUCCAAUGUUGGUCACGCUUGCGUGGAGCCAAUGUCUCAGUGGGAUGACUGUAAUCAGGUCAUGACGACUCCAACUCUCAGUAGGUUUAAUUCUUAACUUGCAAAGAAUUGGGAGAAGGAUUGUAUUUAAAUGACCACAGAGUAUAAUUAAGAAAUUUCAAUGUCUUUCUGCUAGUUCCCAGGAACGGAAGCAUUUAGUUAAUUAUUUUGCGUGUAAAAAAAAAAAUUAGGUCAACCGAUGAACUCCUAUUAACUCAGCAACCAGACCUUACGCAAAAAAACCAACCAAAAAAACAAGUAAUUUUGGAAAUAAGACAGUAAAUAUAUUAGAUGGACUAUUUAAUUGAAUGUAGAGACAAUUAUUACAGUAAUGGGAUGCCCAGUAAGUAAAGGUGGUUUGCGAAUGUGUCCACACAUCAAACAAGUCAGAAGGACCAACCGCCAUGAAGUCUUGCCCAAAAUCCCUCAGAGAUGGACUAACUAAAUCACGUGUCAAACAUGGGCCCUGCAGUGGAUGACUCCUGGAAAUACUGUCACCUAUGGAUCAAAUAAACGUGUGCCUGUGUUCACGGCCGGUCAGAGCAGAGCUCAUUAAGGUCGCGUGAUGACGUCCAUCCCAUGUCAUAUCAGUUCACUUCAAUAUUGCCAUCGUCAACAUCAAGAGACACCUUUUUUUUUUUUAGCAGAUACGGUUUAGUUUUCAAAUUGAGAGCAGGCGCCAAUUACAUUGAGAUCUAGAUACACAUACGUUUUAGAUUUCUAAAUAUUUGUUUCUUGCAUUGUCUUGUAUGCUAAGGAAGACGUUAACUCGAAACGUUCUUUUUAAUGUUUGUCCUGUCUUUUCUUUUCAAGCCUAAAUGUAUCUUGUUCCACUAAAAUCUCUUUAACUUGGGAAAAAAUUGAGGGUAAAAAAAAAAACGGUGUUUUUUUACGGAGGAAAAAAUAGAAUAAAAAAUAAUUAUAAUUCCGUUUAUAAUAUAAUAACUUAUCUAUUUUAAAAAUAAAUUUAAUAUAAAGUAAAAAAAAAAACACCAUGAAAAGACACGUUAUUGUGGUAUAAGAAGGGAAUCUUUUUUUUUAAAACAAAUUAUUUUACAUGUUUAACAUAGUCACUACAAAUAUGUAUGCCUCCUUCUGGAAAUCGUCACCAAAUAAUAAAAAAGUCAAUGAGUUUAGUUAAUAUUUGAAGUCUGACAAUGUUCAGAAACCGGCAUUAUUUGUUGUGCACUUUUUACCAAUCCUUAAAUUAAAAUCAUCGUUCAUUAAUUUGUUACAAACCACGCACACAAAACCAGUUUAUCUUUAUCGUCACUGUCUUACGUUUUACCCAGAUGACCCCCGUUGUCUCAAUGACCCCAGCGGUAUGAACCCCGACCCCGACAACUGUGCCCAGUUCCUGGCCUGCGUCAAUAUGACUGUGGUGGCCACCAUGGAAUGUCCCACCAACACCCUCUUCUCGACCAGGAACAACACGUGCGAGCUCAGCUUCAUGGUCGCCUCUGAAUGUCGGGAGAGAAGCAUUCCUGGUCACGUCAUUAUUAGUAAGUUUUUGUAUUCCCUAUGUCAACGCUUUCCCCGUCUCUGGGACAGGGGCCUGAAACGAUCGGCCCGUGGAUAUAGUGCAACCAUCCGGAACAGGUUUCCCAAAUGAAAAACUAAGAUUUACGGAAUAAUAUUCUAAACAUGCACUUUUUUUUAUUUACGGACAUUCACUGUUUUUUACGGACAUUCACUAUUAUUUACGGGCAUUCACUAUUAUUUACGGGCAUUCACUAUUAUUUACGGGCAUUCACUAUUAUUUACGGGCAUUCACUAUUAUUUACGGGCACUCACUAUUAUUUACGGGCAUUCACUAUUAUUUACGGGCAUACUCUAUUAUUUACGGGCAUUCACUAUUAUUUACGGGCAUUCACUAUUAUUUACGGGCACUAACUAUUAUUUACAGUCACUAACUAUUAUUUACGGGCAUUCACUAUUAUUUACGGGCAUUCUCUAUUAUUUACGGGCAUUCACUAUUAUUUACGGGCAUUCACUAUUAUUUACGGGCAUUCACUAUUAUUUACGUACAUGCACUAUUAUUUACGGACAUGCACUAUUAUUUACGGACAUGCACUAUUAUUUACGGGCAUUCACUAUUAUUUACGGACAUUCACUAUUAUUUACGGGCAUUCACUAUUAUUUACGGGCAUUCACUAUUAUUUACGGGCAUUCACUAUUAUUUACGGGCAUUCACUAUUAUUUACGGGCAUUCACUAUUAUUUACGGGCAUUCACUAUUAUUUACGGGCAUUAACUAUUAUUUACGGGCAUUAACUAUUAUUUACGGGCACUCACUAUUAUUUACGGACAUUCACUAUUAUUUACGGGCACUCACUAUUAUUUACGGGCAUUCACUAUUAUUUACGGGCAUUCACUAUUAUUUACGGGCAUUCACUAUUAUUUACGGGCAUUCACUAUUAUUUACGGGCAUUCACUAUUAUUUACGGACAUUCACUAUUAUUUACGGACAUUCACUAUUAUUUACGGGCAUUCACUAUUAUUUACGGACAUUCACUAUUAUUUACGGACAUUCACUAUUAUUUACGGACAUUCACUAUUAUUUACGGACAUUCACUAUUAUUUACGGGCAUUCACUAUUAUUUACGGGCAUUCACUAUUAUUUACGGACAUUCACUAUUAUUUACGGACAUUCACUAUUAUUUACGGACAUGCACUAUUAUUUACGGACAUUCACUAUUAUUUACGGACAUUCACUAUUAUUUACGGACAUUCACUAUUAUUUACGGACAUGCACUAUUAUUUACGGACAUGCACUAUUAUUUACGGACAUUCACUAUUAUUUACGUACAUGCACUAUUAUUUACGGACAUGCACUAUUAUUUACGGACAUGCACUAUUAUUUACGGACAUUCACUAUUAUUUACGGACAUUCACUAUUAUUUACGGACAUGCACUAUUAUUUACGGACAUGCACUAUUAUUUACGGACAUUCACUAUUAUUUACGGGCAUUCACUAUUAUUUACGGACAUUCACUAUUAUUUACGGACAUUCACUAUUAUUUACGGACAUUCACUAUUAUUUACGGGCAUUCACUAUUAUUUACGGACAUUCACUAUUAUUUACGGACAUUCACUAUUAUUUACGGACAUUCACUAUUAUUUACGGACAUUCACUAUUAUUUACGGACAUUCACUAUUAUUUACGGACAUUCACUAUUAUUUACGGACAUUCUCUAUUAUUUACGGACACAUUUUAAAUAUACUUCCGGAGCUAUCAACAAAAUUUAAACAAAUCAGAUAACCGCGAACCCGUAUUUUUAUGAUUAUGUCUCUAUUACUCAUGAAUGAGUUUAAUUUAUAACGUCAUAUUUAUUGUGCAUGAUUUUUAUCAGUAUCAGUUUUGAAUUGAUGACCAUACAAAAGUAAGAAAAAACAUCACAAAGGUGGAUAUGACAUGUUCAAUGUCUCAAUUUUGUGUACGAGCACCCUUUAAGUCCUUACGAUCAAGUCAUUUUAGAUCAACUUUUUAAGAAUCGCCGGAACGUUAAGGACAGUUGGCAAUCCUGCCUCCAAGGUUUAGAGCACUGUUCUUAUGCAACAUGGCUUGGAGUUAGACCGUAUAAUAGGGAGCCACUUUUAAUGUUAAAGUAUGUCUGUGCAGCCCGUUGGACUAAAGCCACACUUAAUGUUUAAGUAUGUCUGUGCAGCCCGUUGGACUAAAGCCACUUUUAAAGUUAAAGUAUGUCUGUGCCGUCCGUUGGACUAAAGCCACUUUUACUGUUAAAGUAUGUCUGUGCCGUCCGUUGGACUAAAGCCACUUUUACUGUUAAAGUAUGUCUGUGCAGUCCGUUGGACUAAAGCCACACUUAAUGUUUAAGUAUGUCUGUGCAGCCCGUUGGACUAAAGCCACUUUUAAAGUUAAAGUAUGUCUGUGCCGUCCGUUGGACUAAAGCCACUUUUACUGUUAAAGUAUGUCUGUGCCGUCCGUUGGACUAAAGCCCUACUUAAUUUUGAAAUUUGUCUAUGCAACCCGUUGUACUAAAGCCAGGUUUAUUGUAAAAUUAUAUCUGUACAGCCCGUUGUACUAAAGCCCUACUUAAUGUUUAAGUAUGUCUGUGCGGUCCGUUGGACUAAAACCCUACUUAAUUUUGAAAUAUGUCUGUACAGCCCGUUGUACUAAAUCCAGGUUUAAUGUAAAAGUAUGUCUGUGCAGCCCAUUGUAAUAAAGCCAGGUUUAAGGUAAAAGUACGUCUGUACAGCCCGUUGUACUAAAGCCCUACUUAAUGUAAAAGUAUGUCUGUGCAGACCGUUUGAGUAAAGCCACACUUAAUGUUUAAGUAUGUCUGUGCUGCCUGUUAGAUCACCGAAUUAUCCCCAAGCACCACUUUGGCUUAUAUGAGUUUGAUCCCCUAUUUCAGGCCAGCCAUUGACUAAUACCUUUAUCCGAAAUGCAUGGAGAGGCUUGCAUUCCAAAUCAAUUGAGAUUCAUUUAUUUAGGGCUUUGUUUAAUAUCACGUGAAAAAAUACAUUAAAAGGAAAAAGAAUGCACUGUUGUUCAUGACGCUGACACAUAUUUUUGUACAGCUUAAAAGUUGCACAUUUGACAUUUCCAGUUAUUAUUAUCAUUUUAAAAAAAAAAUUAUUUCGAUUCAAAUCUUUCCAAACAAUCCGAUAAAACCACGACUUUAUAAUUAUAUAAACUCUUGAUUGAAAGGCUAAAUUGUUGACAUUCUAAUAAAUCUUGUCAUAGCUAUGAAAAAACAAACAAAAAAAAACAACAACAAACAAACAAGCAAUGUAACUUUACAUUAUCUUUACAGCCACCGCCAGCCCCAUUGUUGACAAACCUUGUGAAGUAACUUUACAUUAUCUUUACAUUAUCUUUACAUUAUCUUUACAGCCACCGCCAGCCCCAUUGUUGACAAACCUUGUGAAGUAACUUUACAUUAUCUUUACAUUAUCUUUACAGCCACGGCCAGCCCCAUUGUUGACAAACCUUGUGAAGUAACUUUACAUUAUCUUUACAUUAUCUUUACAGCCACCGCCAGCCCCAUUGUUGACAAACCAUGUGAAGGAACAUCGAAUGGCGAUGUCGGUGACCCGACCCACUGCGCCAGAUUCUACAAGUGUAACUACGGCAGAGUUGUCGCACGCAUCCGUUGUCCCAGCAACAGCGCGUUCAACGAGGAAAAGAAGAAAUGUGAUUGGCGCGCAAACGUCGACUGUGGCGCCAGACCGAUCUUUUGAUGUGGCUCAGUUCUGUUUGACAUAAUGUGUUCCUGGCUGAUGCGCCCAGUGUUCAUCUCUGUAGUAAACCUGUGGUCUUGGAAGUUGAUGGCCUGCUAAGCACUAAUCGGCCAUUUCUUUCCGUGUUAAUUAACAUUGUACAUUUCAUGAAGUAAAAAAAAAAAAUAUUAAAAAAUCUCAACAUUUGACAGAGAAAUUCAUGGGAAUAAAAGACACAAACAUAGUUUAUACGAACUGCUGCAGGAAUUAUAUACAAUGUAUAGAAAAUUAAAAUAAUAUAAAAAUAGCAACAACAAAAAAAAAAGAUAAAAUUAUAUUUUAUUCUUCUUAUUUUUAUGUAGACGACUUGGCUGGCAGGCGGUUUAUGCUAAUUAUAAUGUGUACCAAUCAUACCCUUACAACCAUUGGAUUGUAUACGUUAGUCUAAUACAACAGCAUCAUAUCAUUGUAGAUUAAUAACAAGACUUUUCAUUUCUGGGGAAAAAAUUGACAUUAGAGCAGUGCCGUAUCAACGCUACAAUUCAUUUUCUUAGAUUUUAAAAUAUCGAUAAUUGUUUUAAAAAGAGAUAUUUCAACGUGGACUUUGAACAUAAUACAAUUAAAUUUUGCAUUUAUCUGAGAAAGAAAUGAAAAUAUAGGAACAUGUCUUGCCUGUUUGAUCAUUUUUACCGCACAAAAAGGCCUCAAGGACGCAUCUGACGUGAUUCAAGCAAUCACUGAGGCUGUUAGGCCGGGGCUUAGUUUGUUCAGUGCUAACCAUUUCCAACGUGGUACUUAAGUUUGUUGAUACAGGACAGACGAGUGUGGUAUAAGAAUGAGGUUGGUAGGUGGUGACUUGAUUUAUGCACUUUCUAACAACGCUGAUAUGUACAGACAAAGAUGUAAUUUUAUUAAUAAAAUUACAACAACAAAAAAUAAAUAAUUUCUAUUUACUGAUCAGUACACAUGUUAUGUUUCUAUACUCCCAUAUUUUGACAACAUUGUUGACUUUCUGAACAUUUUACAAGCCAAUAAAUUUACAACGGAUACAAUUUUUUGAACAAUGUCUUGUUUAACAUUAUUUGAAACAAAUAAAAAUUAUUU